CACAGGCCAGCCCAAUCAGCCCAUCGCCGCCGCCCUCCGGCGACCUGCGGCGGGGUGGGUUGUUCGUAAAUUUCUCUGAAAUUUUCAUUUCCCAUUCCCACUUCUUAAAUUUCCGUUUCUAAUUAACAGGUAAAAAGGAUUUAGGGUUUCCACUUUUCAGUUUCGUUCUGUUUUCACUCCCCAAAUCUUUUCUUUCUUCCACCAGAAAUCAAAAUAAAAAUAUUGAUCAAAGAACGAACUUUCAUCACACGCUCGUUGGCGACUUGGCGACUUGGCGUCAGGCACUCUUCUCUCUCACUUGGCUUCCCAUUUUGCCCGAAAAGGCUUAUUCUGGGCUGCUGCGCUGCUCAGUCUCGUGCGAUUCUCAUUCAAGUUCCUUCCUCCCCAGAUACGAGAUUUGAAUAAGAUUGUUGCUUUGAUUGGGAAAGCAACAUGCUUUUGAUUUUGAUGGCUACGUAGUUUCUCUCCCCUAGAGUCUUAAGCCUGCUUAGUUCAUUGGUAUGGACGUUCAUGUGAUCGAAGAAGGAAUGGGUCAGCGAACGAUGGCCAGCGAUGGAGAUGCCGAAAGCAAUGACUGUGCAGAAGCAAACAACAACAUGGUGCAACGUGACAAUGGAACUGCUGCUGAGCCGCACAUAGGUAUGGAGUUCCCUACUGAUGAAGCUGCCAAAACUUUCUAUGAAGAGUACACUAGACGUCUAGGGUUCAACUCCAAGGAUGGUCAGUUGGUUCGUUCCGAAACUGAUGGGACAAUUGUUGCUCGGGAAUUUGUGUGUGGUAAAGAAGGACUGAAGCGACGGUAUACUGAUACUUGUGAUGCAAUGCUUAGGAUAGCACUAAAGAGUGAGGAUAAGUGGGUGGUCACAAAGUUCGUGAAAGUUCAUACUCAUUCCUCUGAUAACGGUCGCACCAGGCUUCAGUCGACGAAUAGCGGUCCCAGCAAACACCAGUCGUCUAAUAAUGGUGCCACCAAACUUCAGUACCUCAGGCCGAAAAGGCAUUUUGCUGGUGCUGCAAAACCCGUCUCGACCGAAACCAACCACUGGGUGGUGGGCAAGGUUCCCAGUGGUGUAAUGUAUGUUUCCAUGGAUGGAAACCGACCCCCACAAGAGAAUCGUGGGAUUAGGAACUCUGUUGGUGAACCAAAUCGAGUUACGAAGAUCCAUCCAGCAGCAAUAAAUUCUACCAUUCGGCCAAAUAUGCACAAGAGAACACUAGGAAGGGAUGCACAUAAUCUUUUGGAGUAUUUCAAGAAGAUGCAGGCUGAGAACCCUGGUUUCUUUUAUGCAAUACAGCUCGAUGACGAUAACCGUAUGUCGAAUGUUUUCUGGGCUGAUGCUAGGUCAAGGGUAGCUUAUAGUCAUUUUGGGGAUGCCAUCACGUUUGACACAAACUACAGAGUCCACCAAUAUAGGGUACCAUUUGCUCCAUUUACAGGGGUGAACCAUCAUGGACAGAUGAUUUUGUUUGGUUGUGCUAUACUACUGGAUGAGUCUGAAGCUUCUUUUCUUUGGCUUUUCAAGACAUUUCUUACGGCGAUGAACGAUCGGCAUCCUGCAUCAAUUAUCACUGAUCGUGAUAAGGCCAUACAAGUUGCAGUCUCACAAGUCUUUCCUGAAACAAGACAUUGUUUGAAUAAGUGGAAUGUCUUAAGGGCAGGGCAGGAAAAGUUGGCUCAUAUAUGCCUUUCACAUCCCAGUUUCCAGGUGGAGUUGUACAAUUGUAUCAACUUGACUGAAACUAUUGAGGAAUUUGAAUUCUCGUGGAGUUCAUUAGUUGAUAAAUAUGAUUUGAAGGGGCAAGAAUGGCUCCAGUCUUUGUAUGACUCUCGUGCUCAAUGGGUACCAGUAUACUUCCGAGAUUCUUUCUUCGCUGAAAUAUCUCCAAAUCAUGCAUUUGAUGCUUCUUUUUUUGAUGGUUAUGUUAACCAACAAACCACCUUACCAAUGUUCUUUAGGCAGUAUGAAAGAGCUUUAGAGGUUUCGUUUCAAAGGGAGCUAGAAGCUGAUUUCGACACGAUUUGUACAACACCGGUCCUAAGGACACCUUCCCCUAUGGAGAAACAGGCAGCAGAUCUAUAUACAAAGAAAGUAUUUACAAAGUUUCAGGAAGAGCUGGUUGAAACUUUUGUAUAUACUGCUAACAGAAUCGAGGGUGAUGCAACUGUCAGCACAUUCAGGGUUGCUAAGUUUGAAGAUGAUGACAAGGAAUAUACUGUUACAUUGAACUAUGGAGAUAUGAUAGCCAACUGCAGCUGCCAAAUGUUUGAGUAUUCAGGCGUACUGUGCAGACAUGUUUUGACAGUGUUCACUGUGACAAAUGUUCUUACUUUGCCACCUCAUUAUAUCUUGGGGCGAUGGACGGUAAAGGCCAAAGCUGGUCAUGGGAUUGCUGGACCUAGUACUGAGUCAUCAUCCAAACCAGAAAUUCUUACAUCUCGAUACAACAAUCUCUGUCGAGAAGCUAUCAAAUAUGCUGAGGAGGGGGCAGUAGCUUCAGAGACUUAUAGUGCAGCAUUGGCUGCCCUUAGAGAGGGUAUAAAGAAGGUUGCAGCUGCCAAGAAAAAUGUUGCCAAAGUUUCACCAACAAACUCACAAGUUAGCGGGACUGCUGCUCAGGAUGGCAAAAAGGCAUCUGCACCAGCAUCAGAUGCACCCUCUCUGUUGUGGCCUGAUCAAGAAGAAGUUAUUCGUAAUUUUAAUCUAAAUGAUAAUGGUGCGUCAACUCAGUCUGUUGCUGACCUAAAUCUUCCCAGAAUGUUCCCUGUAUCCGUGCAGAGAGAUGAUGGUCCUCCUGGCAACCUGGUAGUUCUCCCUUGUCUUAAAUCAAUGACCUGGGUGAUGGAAAACAAGAAUUCUACAACUGGAAACCGAGGCGGUGUUAUCAACCUAAGGUUGCAAGAUUACAGCAAGACUCCGUCAUCAGAGUUUGAGGUUAAGUUUAAUGUUUCAAGAGUCUCAUUAGAGCCUAUGCUGAAGUCAAUGGCAUAUAUCAGUGACCAGCUUGCCGCACCACCUAACACUUUCGCUGUGAUCAACUUGAAGCUUAAUGAUACUGAAACUACUUCUGAAGAGUCGGAGGUUAAAUUCCGGAUCUCCCGGGAUACCCUUGGUGCUAUGUUAAGAUCGAUGGCCUACAUACAUGAGCAGCUUGCAAACACUGUGGAGCCAUCGGUGGAACCUCAACAAAAGAAGCAACGUAAGUGAAAGAACAUUAGCCGUUUGCUCUACGAGGUGUGUGUAACCAAUCAGACCACGUUUUGUACAUGUUGAGUGAUUUAGGGGACAACCAUAUCCUCCCAAUUUUUUCACAUCUCUCAGAUUUCAUCCCUGGUAGGACUUCUGAUAUUUAUUGUUCCCCAGACUCCCUUUGUAGCCAACUUUGUGUAACUGUGUAAGCUCUAGCGAGCUUGGCGUGUAAAAUAUGUUGUACAUUCUUCAUUGCACUCUCAUCUAGUAACAGAAUGAAUAAUACAGCAUGUCAGAGCAGAUCUUCAUUUCUUUGCUGAAAGGAAUUCAGUUUCUACCAUUCGGAUGAGCAUUUUGUAUCAAGUCCAGCAAAUGUCAAUAUGCU